GAUGGCUGACGAAAAACCAAAACAAUCACAUGACGAAUCAAAUAGUAGCGAAAACAAGAAUGGGUGUGAAAAUUCGUGGCCAGAACCCGCGGUUGUGCAAAGUAAAACCGACAUUAACAGCUCUGCACGAUCUUUACGCUACCAAAGAAGAGAUCCCAAGACCAUAGAGCGCUGUAACUUGUUGAAUGUGUCUAAGCUGAUCAUCAAGGAGGUGAUAGACUCCAGCCUGUCCCACGGACGUAUGCUGGACGACAACCACGUACCGCUGCAGCAGUUCUUUAUUGUUCUGGAACACGUCCUUAGACAUGGUCUCAAACGUACGUUUUAUGCACUCAUUUUCAAGAUAAGAUACAAAUCUAAAAAAAGUCUGCUCCGUGACAGGAGAGACUUUUGGUGUGUUCUUGAAACGGUUGAAAAAUUAGUUCCAGAAGCUUCCGAGAUUACAACCAGUGUCAGGGAAAUGCCAAAUCUAAAAACACCGCUUGGAAAAGCCAGGGCAUGGUUGCGGCUUUCUCUAAUGCAGAAAAGUCUAGCAGACUAUCUGAAAGUGCUGUGUGAAAGAAGGGACCAAGUUCUUAGUGAGUUCUAUGAGCCCGGAGCUAUGAUGUUAGAAGAUGAGGGUAUGGUUUUUACUGGACUGUUAGUUGGGCUAAAUGUUAUAGACUGCAAUAUGUGUAUAAAAGAGGAGGAUCUGGACCAACCAAUGGGAGUGAUUGAUUUUAGUUUGUACUUAAAUAACAGGAUUAAUGAUGACUUAUCUCCAGACAAUGAAAGCACAGAAACAAAAAACAAAAUGGCCACCAUAUUGGAUCAGAAAAAUUACCUGGAGGAGCUGAACAGACACUUAAAUGCAACAGUUACAAACCUACAACAAAAGUUAGAGAGCGUACAGACGACCAAUACUUUACUAAAAGAGGACCUUGCCAUUGCCAAAAACACUGCUUUAGACCUGCAAGAUGAGAAUGACAGACUCAAGGCUGAUCAAGGCUCCAUCGUAGACGAUACAAAGAAACAGCUGGAGGCUGCUAAACAGGACAUAGAAACAGAACGUGAAACAUACAAGACCUCGAGAGAGGGCCUGGACCACAUGUACACAGGCCUGAAGAAACAAUUGGAGGAGGAAACUCACGUCAGAUUGGACGUGGAAAAGGAACUAGAACUACAGAUCAGUAUGAAACAAGAAAUGGAGAUGGCACUGAGGAUUUUGGAAAAGGAUAUUCAUGAGAAGCAAGACACCAUGAUAUCGCUACGACAACAGCUAGAGGAGAUCAAGGGAAUCAACCUGGAGAUGUACCAGAAACUACAGCAUUUCUAG